CCCAGCACUUUAUCGUAGUCACGGGCGAUGGAAGUCAUUUGGAUAAUUGGCCUUUAAGCGUUCCGAAAAAGUGGUGGGGAAACAACGGACCAGAGUAGAAAAUUCAAUUUUUUAAGCGACGAAACAAAAUUGAUGACCUCGUGCGGUAUGAUGAAAGCUUCUGAGGCGGUUUUACGGAGUGCAUUGCGUGAAGCAAACCAUCGGCAAACUCCGUCGGUUCUUGAAAAGCGUGGCAUCGCCAUCGGUGACGUCAUCGGCGAAGGAGCGUUCUCCUGUGUGAAGGUGUGUGCUUGUGUGUGUGCGUGGCAGAAAGCGCACAAUUUGAACGGCAAUACGGUGGCAGUUAAAAUUAUCCCCAAGAAUGGUUCCUCGUCAAACGUAGUGCUCAAGUUUAUGCCGCGCGAGCUGGAGAUCAUCAGAACUCUCAAGCACAAGAAUGUGAUCAUAUGUUUCGAAUUCAUCGAGACCACAAUGAGGUUCUACAUUGUGAUGCAGUACGCGGAGAAAGGGUCCUUGUUGCAGUUGCUGAAACGAGAACGAUGGCUUAGCGAGCCCAGAGCCUGGCACUACUUCCAUCAGUUGAUCGACGGUGUUGCGUACAUCCACAAGUGCGAAAUCGCUCACCGAGAUAUUAAGUGUGAAAAUAUUGUAUUCGAUGCGCGGGAUACACUCAAGUUGAUCGACUUUGGCUUUGCACGUCGAGUAACGAGACGCACGGAAGGCAGUGAGAACGACGGUGUGGUGGGGCCGUGUUUAUCAAAAACAUUCUGCGGAAGCCAUGCGUACGCGAGUCCGGAAAUUUUAAAUUUUACACCUUACGAUCCGUUUCCGUCGGAUGUUUGGGCGUGCGGCGUGGUCCUGUUCGCCAUGGUGAGCGGCAAGCUACCUUUCACGAACGCCAAAAAAGUUUCCCUAUUGCUCCAGAUAAUUAAGAGCGGCCCAAAAUAUCCCGAGUACGUUAGCGACAAAUUGAGAAUUCUGCUGGACCAGAUAUUUAGUCCCGUGAGCAAACGAGUUACCAUACCCGGAAUCCAGGCGAGCGGGUGGUUCCUGACGCAACCGGGUGAUGCUAGCUUAGCAAAGGAUACAGACAAAACGGCGGAAACCCCUAGGAAGCGGUUCAAACCGAAUAACGAGACAGCAAAUAAGAAGAAUGAAGCUUAGAAUAACCACGCGCUAAUUGGUGGGUUCCCCACGAACCUAUUAGUAAAUAAUAGUCAUCGUAAACUUCAAGUUGUUUUAAACAGCUGAUUAAAUAGCGAACAGAAAAAUCCGUCAUCAAACGUACCAUUUACGUGCUCGCUAAA